AUGUCUCCACCGUCAUCAGGAGAGAGCAGCAGCUGCACCGUUCCUCAUGAACAAUCCCAGAGAACCAGAGAGCAGCAGCGACCCCAGAGGCAGUCCCUCUGCCAGGCGCUAUGGCACAGGUCGCACUGGAAGUGCUUCCUCCUCACGCUGCUGAUGUACAGCUGUGCGGUCGCCAUGGCAUGGUGCCGCCUGGCCGAGGUGACCCGCCUGAGCUUGGACGGCAAGUCCGCGGCGUUCCACGACAGCGCCUGCUCCGACGGCUACGUCUACAUCCCCGUGGCCUUUCUGCUGGCGGCGUACGUGCUUUACCUGCUGGAGUGUUGGCACUGUGCGGUGCGCGCCGACCUGAAGUACAAGGCAGAUCUGGAGAGCGUGGUGGAGCUGGUGCGGCGGAUGCAGCAGGCCACGCCGUGCAUCUGGUGGAAAGCCAUCAGCUACAACUACGCGCGGCGGACGCGGCACGUGGCGCGGUAUCGGAACGGCGACGCCUACAGCGCCACGCAGGUCUACCACGAACGGGUGAACACGCACACCGCCGAGGGCGAGUUCGACUACGGGAACUGCGGGGCGAAGGACGUCUCCAAGCAGAUCGCAGGUCUGGAGGAGUUCGGCAUCACCAAGCUCCGGUUCACCAAGUGCUUCAGCUUCGCCAACGUCGAGUCGGAGAACUCGUACCUCACUCAGAGGGCGCGGUUCUUCGCCGAAAACGAAGGCCUGGACGACUACAUGGAGGCUCGUGAAGGUAUGCACCUGAAGAACGUAGACUUCCGGGAGCACGUGAUGGCCGUCUCGGGUCGACUCCCGUGGUUCUCGCGGCGCUGCGUGUUCUGGCUGGCGGCGACCCUGACUCUGUCCUGGCCCUUGCGCGUGUUGACGGAGUACAGCACGGUGUACCUUCAUUACCACGUGGAGAAGCUCUUCGGGUUCGAUUACGUGCCCUACAGCCAGAGCAUUCCCAGGGUGAACACGGUCGACAGCACCGAGCUGGAGUGGCACAUCCGCUCGAACCGGCAGCUGGUCCCCAGUUACUCGGAAGCGGUCCUGAUGGACGAGCCCCGGCCGGCGCUCCUCGACUCCUUCACUCAGCAGAGCUGCGAGCGCUGCCGGCCGUCCCUGAGCGCCUCGUCCAUCUUCUCCCGCAGCGCCCUCAGCCUGCUCUCUCUCGGCCACGCGUACGGCAGCCUGAACGACGGCGCCGCCCCUGAGCGCCGACCGCUGUCUCCUCCGGGCUAUCAGGACGCGCUGCGCUUCCCGGUGCUGAUCGUGCACCGCAGUGACGGCUGCCUGAGCCGCGAGCAUCGUUCCGUCCGCUGCAGCGGCUCCUGUGUGGAGACGUCCUUAUGACCCGGGUCCAAAAACCGCCGGAGAGGUUCAGACCACAGAUCUGCUGGAUAUUUUACCAAGACUGAACACAACAGAACAGCCUCAUGAUCAGGAAUGUAUUUUUGGAUACAGGUACUGUCGCUUUAAACCUCAGUAACAAAUGAAACUGA